AAGGCCGCCUUAAGGACAAUAAUAUGAAGUUCAUCACGUAUGGCUUUGGUAGACGUGUAUGUCCUGGCCUACACCUCGCAAACCACUCGUUGUACAUUUCCCUUGCACUUCUCUUGUGGUCUUUCCGCAUUGUUCAACGACCCGACGCACCGAUUAACACGCACGCUUUCAGUGACGUGGUCACUCCCCAUGCAGCGCCAUUUAAAAUCGAUGUCAUUCCCCGGGUCAAGGUUGCGAAGCUGAGAGCGAUGAUGACGGAUGGGUGUACGGAUUAGAGUGUUUUAAAACUGCAGCUGCCUUUAAAACUAGCACAUAAUGAUGAGUGCAAGAAGGGGCAAACACAACCACAGAAUUCGCAUUGUAGUUGUUGCUGAAAGUGCUGGUGAAUACAGAUGAUUCGGACACAAAGUGAGGUGAGCACGCUCCAUGAUCAGCUCUUGAUCAGCUGCACUUGCAGCUUCGCACACUUGUGCACGUCAAUACG